AACAAUAAUGAAAACAUUUUUCUUUUUUUCUUCCAAAAAUAUUUAGCCUUCCUUUUUAUAAUCUUGGAAUUUUUGUUUGCUUUUGGUUAAACCUUCCCCACCAGAUGAUGAGAUAAUCAUGAUCCAUACUCAAAUGCUGCACACCAAACUGGGAGAGAGAGAAAAAAUAAAAAAUAAAAAAUAAAAAAUAAAAAUUGAAGUUAUUAUGAGCAUUUGCAAGGUGGUGAUGGGAACCCUUUCUCUUUGAGAUUUUUUUUUGUUCCAAACUUGAUGCUUCUUUUGGGUGUUCAGAGCUGAGUGAGGCAGAAAGUGUUUGUUAUUGGAAAAAGAACAAAACUUUGCUAUCCUCAUUCUCUCAACAAACAAAAAUUUGUUGUCUCAGUGAGUGAGAUUGCCAAAAUGACAACUGGUUCUGAUUCAGCUUCUUGUGCUGUUGUGUGAGUGAUUAUUACCAUUACCCCCCACCCAAAUGCCCCUGCUACUCUCCCAACCUCUUCCUUUUCAUCAUCAUAUACAUAAAAAGCCACACUCUGACUGCUGCACCAACAUAGAUAACAACAACAUCAACAACAACAACCUUGGACCACUACCACAGUGUCUGAUUUGAGCUGGUUUGUUGAGAUAUGAAGUGGAUUGCAUUCAAAGUUCUAGUCUUUGUUUGGUUCUGUUGAAGGGAAACAUCAUAAAGCAUCAAACUUUAUGAGUUUUUGGAGCUGGAUUGCUGGCAGAAUUUCUGGGUCUGCUUCAGUUUUUUCUUUUGUGGUUAAUCAAUUUGAAGAUUCAUGGUGGGGUGCUUUUGGUGGUGCUGUUUUUUGGAAUGUUCUGCUGAAAGCUGGAGCCUUCUUAGAUUUGAAUCUUCAAGUGAGUUUGUGAAGAAGAUAAAGAGAGGUUGCUGAAUUUGGCAAAAGGAAAGAAGAUGUCUGUGAAUAAAAGAAUUUCAGGAUCAAAUGGGAGGUUGCAACCAAGCAUGAAGUCAUGGAAGGUCAAUGAGCCUCUAAAUGGGUCUAAUUCUCCUCAUAGGACAACAUGGAGGAGGAAGCCCUUGCUCCUUUUGAUUGUUUUUGGUGUUAUCAUAGCAAGUUUCGGGCUUUUCUUGAGUUUCAAGAAUAGUGAGUAUUUGAUGAGCAAGGAGAAAGAAGCUGCUUGUGAAGAGAGUUCAAGAAUCUUGCUACAAAGAUACAACAUUAGCAGGAAGCAGCUUCAUGCUUUGGCUUCCCUAUUCUCUGGAUCAGAUCAGAUUUUCUCCAACUGUAUUGAUGAAAGAAGACUACAAAUGCUGUUAAACAGUGGCAUAGCCUGCAAUCCACAGUUAGUUUGUUGUCCAGAGAAUCAGGAGUUACAAAAGAAGCAUAGAUGUUUUGCAGACACUGUAGAACCUAUAGAACAAUGCCCAAUUCUCGAGGAUUAUGUCCGGACAAGGAUUCAAUUAUCAUUUCCAUUUAAAAAAUACGUAUUGUUGGCAUCACACUCUCUACUUUCGUCCAAUUUGGUUGAUUUUCUGUUCUGUGGAAAGAACAUGUUGCAGUCAUGGGAACUGCAUGUCUCUGCAAUUAUGGACUAUACAAGUUCAUUAAAUUUGGUUAAAGAGUACUGGUGGGUCCUUGUAGGAAUUAUAAUAUCAUGCAAUUUGUCUGGAUUCUGUUUACUAAGAAUUCAAAAGCAGAAGCUAGUUGAGGGACAUCAAGUUGGUCAUCAAAAGCAGCUGCGAGAUUUAUCCCAGAACCCUUUAAAGAGUGUUGGGACUUGGAGGAAAUGGUCGCUAGCUAUAUUCUUGUCACUUGGAAUACUUUUUUCCAUUUGGUUAUUCGGUGACUUAUACACCGACUUUAAGCAGACAAGAGAAGAAAUGCUUACCAAUAUGUGUGACGAGCGUGCCCGUAUGCUUCAAGAUCAGUUUAAUGUCAGCAUGAACCAUGUUCAUGCUCUGGCUGUUCUUGUUUCUACAUUUCACCAUGGUAAACAUCCAUCUGCAAUUGACCAGAAAAUUUUUGGAGAAUAUACUGAGACUACUGCAUUUGAGAGACCACUUACUAGUGGUGUUGCUUAUGCUAAGAAAGUUCUCCACUCUGAUAGGGCUGAGUUUGAGAAGCAGCAUGGGUGGACUAUUAAGAAAAUGGAAACAGAGAAUGAAGCACUAGUCCAAGAUUGUAUUCCAGAAAAAUUGGAUCCGGCGCCCAUUCAGGAUGAAUAUGCACCGGUGAUUUUUGCUCAAGAAACGGUUUCUCAUAUUGUGUCUAUUGACAUGAUGUCAGGGAAGGAGGACCGUGAGAAUAUCUUGCGAGCAAGGGCAACAGGAAAGGGGGUUCUGACAUCCCCUUUUAAACUUCUAAAAUCAAAUCACCUUGGUGUUGUACUUACAUUUGCUGUUUAUAACAGCAAUGUUCCUGCAGAUGCUACACCAAAGCAGCGAAUCGAAGCUACUGUGGGGUACCUGGGUGCAUCAUAUGAUGUUCGAUCACUGGUGGACAAGCUUCUCCACCAACUUGCAAGCAAGCAAAUAAUUGUUGUAAAUGUUUAUGAUACAACCAACGCAUCUGCACCGAUUACAAUGUAUGGUACUGAUGUUGCUGAUACUGGACUACUACGUAUAAACAGUCUAGAUUUUGGGGAUCCACUUCGAAAACAUGAAAUGCACUGCAGGUUCAAGCAGAGGCCUCCUCUCCCUUGGAAAGCAAUCAAUUACUCGGUUGGCAUAUUUCUCAUCGUUUUGCUUAUUGGUUAUAUAUAUUAUGUAGCCAUAAAACGAAUAGAAAAGGUGGAGGAUGACACUCAAAAAAUGGCGGAGCUGAAAGUUCGUGCUGAAGCUGCAGAUGUUGCAAAAUCUCAGUUUCUUGCAACAGUUUCUCAUGAGAUCAGGACUCCAAUGAAUGGUGUUUUAGGUAUGCUGCAAAUGUUGAUGGACACUGAACUUGAUGAAAACCAGAUGGAUUAUGCCCAAACUGCACAUAAGAGUGGUAAGGAUCUUAUAUCAGUGAUAAAUGAGGUUCUUGAUCAGGCUAAGAUUGAGGCACGCAAGCUUGAACUUGAAGCUGUAGCUUUUGAUCCACAUGCUAUUCUAGAGGAAGUUCUAUCACUUUUCUCGGGAAAAGCUAAAGAAAAAGGAAUUGAGUUGGCUGUUUAUGCAUCCAAUGAAGUACCCAAAGUUGUCAUUGGCGAUCCUAAACGGUUCUGGCAAAUAAUUACUAAUCUUGUUGGCAAUUCACUCAAGUUCACUCAUGAUAAAGGACAUGUGUUUGUCUCGAUUCAUCUGGCAAAUGAAGUGAAGAACCCACUUCACAGCAUGGAUGCAGUGCUGAGGGAAGGCUUAAAAUUGGAUCAUGAUUUGUCAGACAAUACAUAUAAUACAUUAAGUGGGUUCGCUGUAGGAAACCGAUGGAAAAGCUGGGCCAACUUUAAAAAGUUAAAUAGUAUGGAUUUGAUGGAAGAGCCUGAAUUGAUUCAAUUACUAGUAACGGUUGAGGAUACAGGUAUAGGAAUUCCUAUUGAUGCGCAAAGCCGUAUAUUCACACCUUUUAUGCAGGCCGAUAGUUCGACCUCUCGAACAUAUGGUGGAACUGGAAUAGGACUGAGCAUUAGUAAAUGUCUUGUUGAGCUCAUGAGAGGAGAAAUUGGUUUUGUUAGUGAGCCUGGAAUUGGCAGUACUUUUACAUUUACUGCAACUUUCAGAAAAGGAGAAACCACAUCUUUGGAUGCAAAGUGGCAGAAUUUCAGUACAUUUGAUUCACAGUUGCAAGGGUUGAGAGCAUUAGUGGUAGAUAGAAGAAAAAUCCGAGCUGAGGUCACAAGAUAUUAUCUACAGAGGUUGGGGAUGUCGGUGGAUGUUAUGUCAAGUUUGAAAUCUGCAUGUUCUUGUCUAAUUGGUUCUUGCAACAUGAGAGUGUCAAAGCAGUUUGCGAUGAUUCUGAUAGACAAGGAUGCUUGGGAUAAGGAAAGUAGCACCUUAUACUCCAUCAAGAAACAGAAAAAGAAUGGCAUCAAUGGAGACCGAAUAAACUUUCCAAAAGUUUUUCUCCUGGCCACACACCUUAGCCCGAAUGAAUGUGAUGAGCUCAAGAAAAAUGGUGUCAUUGAUGAUAUAUUAAUGAAGCCUUUUUGGCUGAGUGUUUUGGUUUGCUCCUAUAGAGAAUCCCUUGGAAUUGAAAAAAGGCAAAUAAAUAGGAAGAAAGUAUCCAAACUUGGGAAUCUGUUAUUACAGAAAAGAAUUUUGGUGGUUGAUGAUAAUGCAGUGAACAGAAAAGUUGCAGAAGGUGUUUUACAGAAAUAUGGGGCAACAGUUACUUGUGUUGAGGGUGGCAGGGCUGCUCUACAGAUGCUUAAGCCACCGCACAAUUUCGAUGCUUGUUUCAUGGAUCUCCAAAUGCCAGAAAUGGAUGGUUUUGAAGUGACAAGGCAAAUCCGCAUCCUAGAGAACGACGUAAAUGAGAAAAUUGCAUGUGGGGAAGCAUCAGCUGAAAUGUUUGGGGAUAUCUUUUAUUGGCACAUUCCAAUACUAGCAAUGACAGCUGAUGUAACUCAGGCUUCAAAUGAAGAGUGCAAAAAGUGUGGGAUGGAUGGCUAUGUGUCAAAGCCGUUCGAGGAAGAACAGCUCUACACGGCCAUGGCACGCUUCUUCAAGCCUAGUUCAUAGUGUGGAAGUAUGUGAUUGUGUUAUUUGAUUAUUAGUGCAGGCACCCUGUUGACAACUAUUGAGUAACCUCUGGCAUGUAUUAUACAUGCAAUCCAUGAUUUACGACAAAAAUGUUGGUUUUCCAUUGCAUGAGAUCUAAACAUGACAUCCAUGCCAGCGUCGAAGCUGAAUCUGAGGUUCUCCACUAUGGCCUCGUUAGCGAUGGAAGCAGAUUUGGAGUGCAAUUAUUUAACAAGAAUUAGUUGUUUGGGGGAGGCUAUGUUGCUUAGACUGGUGUGAUUCAUACUAAUCAUCACUCAUUGUAGGACACGAGGAAUUCAAGUGUUCAACAAGACAUAACUGUAGAUAACCGAUUUUGUUCCUGCUGCUUAUCUCAUUUUUUUUCUCUGUAUAUACUCAUUUUGAGUAAGUAGGAUAAGAUAAAAAUGCUAUAUUGCUAUAGUGAGAUAUCAUUUAUUUAAUCUUUGGGUCCAAGAUGAAAGGAGAUGGUAAACCUUUGAACCCUCAGAAUUUUGUAAGUAACAUGUAAAGCAAAGUUGUUAUAGAAUAUAGGUAGAAUCAAAGAAUGUCUUGUUAUGUAUUGUAUAUUAUUGCAAGUGUUCCACUUACCCUUAAGAAGUGCCAAUCUAAGUCUUUUCCAUAAGUAUUUAUCAAGU